AUGGACGUCGGUGCGGACGAGUUUGAGCAGACCCUCCCCCUGCUGCAGGAGCUCGUCCUGGACGCGGACUUCGUGGGUCUGGACAUAGAGUUCACUGGCCUGCGUUCAGACUUGUCGGGGCCUCAGCAGAUCAGUCUUUUUGAUUUGCCAUCGGAGUGGUAUCUAAAGACCCGCCGGAGUGUUCAGCAAUUUACGAUCUGUCAGAUUGGAUUGUCUGUGUUUUCCAGUAUUGAAGGAGAGUCAAACAAGUAUGUAGCUCAUUCGUGUAACUUCUUUCUCUUCCCUACAACAUUUGGGAUUUUGGACUCAGAAUUCUCUUUCCAAGCUUCUAGUGUUCAGUUUUUGAAUCAGUAUGGCUUCAACUAUAACAAGUUUCUCAAAAACGGAAUCCCAUAUAUGAAUGAAGAGCAGGAGAAGAAAAUAAAGCACAAUAUCCUGACGGGGAACUGGAGAGUUCGCAGCUCUCUGGAUAAAGACCAAAUCAAGGUUGUGAUUGAUGAGGUGACACGAUGGCUUGACCUGGCGGAGGAAGGUGACCGGAUGACUCUGCCUGGUAUUGCUGGGUUCCAGGCCUUUGAGGUCCAAUUGGUGCUGAGGCAGGCCCUCCCCAACAUCUGGACAGUGCUGAAAAAUGAGGGGGUGGUGGUAAAGAAGGUGAGUCGGCAGCACCGCUGGUACCUUGAACAUGCCUCUUGUGACAGGGCCAGCUGUUGGAAAGAGCAGAUUCUUCUCUCUGCCAGGGGCUUUUCUGUCUUUUUCCAGAUGUUGGUGAAAGCCCAGAAGCCCUUGGUAGGGCAUAACAUGAUGAUGGACCUGCUGCAUCUCCAUGAGAAGUUCUUCAGACCUCUCCCAGAAAGCUAUGAUCAGUUUAAGCAGAAUGUCCAUAGCCUGUUUCCUGUUCUCAUUGACACCAAGAAUGUGACAAAGGACAUCUGGAAGGAACUGCAUUUCCCACGUGUGUCCAACCUCUCAGAAGUGUACGAAGUGCUGAGCAGCAACUUGAAUUCUGGACCAGAGAUUGUUCAUGCAAGGCAGUGUGAAAAAUACGCCAAGACAAAGUGCCCUCAUGAAGCAGCAUAUGACGCCUUCCUCUGCGGGUCAGCAUUCAAGUUCCCACUGAAUUUUUCUGGCCCAGACUAUCCCAGCAUCCGGCCGCCUGUCCUCAUCCUCACUGUUAGGAGGUGGCCUGGGGCCAGUGAGCAGCAAGUCUAUCGUGAGUUCCAGAAUCUCUGCAAGUUCGAUGUCAGGCGGCUCACUCAGAGCCAGUUCCUGCUCCUGACCAAUAAGUUUAAGGAUGCCCGCAGUGUCUUGAAGGAGUAUAGGUGCCACCCAACCCUGCAGGUCUCCCUGUACCGGUACUGGAGACAUUCCCCUAACAUCACCUGCAUGUUACAAGUCUGCAGCAUAGUCACCACCUGGGCCCUUUUCGCAUUUCUCCUGGGAAGAGCCAGCCUCUGAGAGCACCCAGUCUCCCUCAGCCUCGUCCUGUG